UGCUGAUUUUAAUUGCAAGUGAGAAUAGGCUGUUUAAAUUUCGUCUGCUGUUGAUUCAGAGAUUUGCGCCAUGGAUUUUCAUGACAUGUACAAUAAAUUUAAGCGACUCGUGUGGUUUGAUGCUUGCAUUGCGUGAAAGUAAUGUAUUCCAGACGCGGCGUUUCCAAAUUGCGCAGUACUAUACUAGACAUUUAAUCUUGCGCAAAAAUAUUAUACAAACGAAUUAAAUUUGUUAUUUAGUGUUCACGUAACUUGCAUAAGUCAGUUGAUUAAAUUAAAUGAACUAUUUGGUCAGCAAAGUUUCACACCAGCAAGAUGGAAUACCAGAUCAGGGCCUCUCAUGCAAAUUAUUAACGCUAUUACCUGCGACAUGUAUGUAAUUUAAAAGUUGGAAUGGACGACUUAAUUUACAGCCUUAAUGUCAUGUGAAUUGAACAUUUUAUGGUGAUGGGUAAUGUAAAUUUUGCGCAAGACGUCCGUUAGGAGGAAAAGCGCAGUCUCUUCUCCAGCAGUAUUGUGUCCUCAGCUAAAUCCUUAAUAACUGGAUGUAGAACUGUCAUCCCCACGAUGGAGGACACGGUUCUGGCCGACCUGCCGGACGAGGUCCUGCUCGAGGUGUUCUCGCGGCUGCCGCUCGCCGACGCGGUAACGUGCGCACUGCACGUGUGCGCGCACUGGCGCCGGCUGUUCAGAUUCCGCGCCCCCUGGCGGGGCCGCACCUACGAGGCGCCGGACGAGGCGCAGGCGGAAGAGGCGUACCUGGUGGCCCGCAUGCUGUCGACCGGGCGCGACCUCACCCUUGAGGCGGGCAACCGCUUCUGCCUGCGGGCCACAGAGGACUCGGUGACGGUGCGCUGGGACAUCUUCCAGCAGGAGAAGUUCGAGCUUCUCACCGCCGGGAGCCGCGUCCGGAGCCUCAGCAUCCCGGGUGACUUCCUCGUCUGGUCCAACGUCACCAGCCUGGCCAGGUGUACGCCACAGCUGAGGUCACUGACUGUUGACAACGGCGUGACGGACUGGCCGUCCGCGGAACUGUCGGACGCCUUGGCGCGGCUGCUGGGUUCCGGACUGCUGGCGGAGCUGCGUUCGCUGACAGUGGAAGGCGCGAGCAGUCGGGGCGUCGAGAUGGACGGUCCGCUGCUGGCGGCGUGCCGCGGCUGCCCGCAUCUGGAGCGCCUGCACCUGCAGUGGACGGAGAGGCUGGGCGCGCGCGGCCUCGCGGGGCUGGCCGACCUGGGCGACCUCCGCCGCCUCCGCGUCAGCUCCGUCGCGACACUGCCCGCUGUCGACUUCCUCCCGGCCGGCCUCGAGGAGCUCGAGCUGUCCCGCUGUCACGGCGUGCGAUUGGACGGCCUCGCCGCGGGACCCGCCCUGCGCAGGCUGGUGCUGGACGGCUGCGCCCUGGAGGGGGAGCACCUGGUCGGGGCGGUGGGCCGGCUCGCCUCGCUGGAGGAAGCGAACCUCGCGGGCAAUCGGCGCCUGCGCGACCUCUCCUUCCUCCGUCCCUGGGUGCGCCUCCGCACUCUCGAUCUCGCGGACUGUGACAGCUUCGACGGGGACACCUUCGGCACUCUCGGGUUCCUUGGGCAGCUCCGGUCUCUGAAUCUUUGCAGGUGCGACCUGCGCAACGUCUCGCUGGACGCCGUGCUGGGGUCACUGCCGCAGUUGGAGGAGCUCGUCCUGUCAGGGACGUCGGUCGUGGGGGGCCAGUCGUGUGCCGCCAGCCUGCCGCCCGGGCUGGCCGAGCUGCACCUGUCGUGGUGCGCAUGGGUGGACGCGGCGGUGGUGCGGGAGCUGCGGCACCUGGGACGGCUGCGUGCCCUGCGCCUCUCGCGUUGCGGUGGCGUAGUUGGCUGGCAGCAGCUGGCCGCGGACCUGCUGCCCCACCUUCCCGCUCUCGAGCGGCUCGAUGUGUCGGGCGUAGGCGGGACCGCAGGGGACGGGGUGCGCGACCUGUCAUUCCUGCGGCACUGCCCGCAGCUGCGCGCCCUGGACGUGGGCGAGAAUGCCGGCCUGCCGCCCGCCGCCUACUCCGACCUGCGGCACGCGUCCGGCCUCCGGCACCUCGACCUGCACGGCUCCGACUUGGAGGGUGUGCCGCUGCAAGAGACGGUGGGACGGCUGUUUGAACUCGAGACACUCACCGUUUACGGGUGCCGGGGUGUCAGACAGGAGGAACUGCAACAGCUCACCGCAUUCGUGCCGAAACUGUCAAUAAAGGGCAAGGUGCGGCUGUGA